AUGGCUCCCGAGCUCAAGUCUAAGAAGCGCAAGAGCGCGGAGAUGCCCGCACCCGCCGCAAGCUCGAAGAAGCUGAAGGCGGACAAGACCACGAAAGCGCCCCAGUCCGAAAAGCCAGCCAAGAAGACAAAGGUCGCAGAUACCGCCGCCGCGAAUGGGGACGCUCCUUUGGCCCCGGCGAAGCCCCCCAAAUCCUCGCGCAAGCGCGCCGCAGACUUCUUCGAGGAUGGUGACCCCACAUCUGCAACCGCGCCAGUAGAGGCAGCAGGCAAGAAGACCAAAAAGGCCAAGAAGACCGCCAAACCUGUCGAAGAGGCUGCUGUCCCCGAACAAGUGGCCCUCGAAUCCAAGCCAGCAAAGAGCAAGAAGUCCAAAGGCGCCGCGCAGCCUGCUGAGAAUGCUGUUGUCGAGGAGACCAUUGCUGCGCCCAAGGACAAGAAGACCAAGGGCGCGAAGGCACUCAAGGAGGCGGCUGAUGCGGAGGCUUUGGACCAGCUGACGCCCGUCAAGUCUGGCGAGGAUAAUAAGAAGAAGGUCCGAAAGGGUAUGGAGCCGGUUGAGGGUGUCGCGAUCACGGGCACGAAGGUCGAAGAGCCUGCGGAAACGGCACAAGGGGCCAAGAAGGCCGGCAAGAAGGGCAAGCAGAGCAAGGGGGCGGUGGACGAGGCGGCUGUGGAGGAGGAAAUUGCAGCGCCGUCGAAGAAGACGGCUAAAAAGACCAAAAAGGACAAAGAGGGCGAGGAGGAACCAGUCGCUGAGGACGUGGCUGAUGACGAAGAUGACGAGGACAUCGACGAUCAGACCGCGGCGCUCCUCAAGGGCUUCGAGAGCAGCGACGAAGAAGACGCGCCUAGCGGAGAAGCUGUCGCGGUAGACGAAGUGCCUGGUAUUCCCACCGACAAGAAGCUCCGCAAGAAGCUCGACAAGGCCGCCGCAGAAGAGGGCGACGCCCCAGGUGUCAUCUACGUAGGCCGCAUCCCCCACGGCUUCUACGAACACCAGAUGCGCUCCUACUUCUCCCAAUUCGGCGAAGUAACCAAGCUCCGCCUCUCCCGCAACAAGAAAACAGGCCGCAGCCGACACUUCGCCUUCAUCGAGUUCGCGCACGCCUCGGUCGCCAAGAUCGUCGCAGACACAAUGGACAAGUACCUGCUGUUCGGGCACAUCCUGCAGGUGCGCACCAUACCGAAGGAGCAGGUGCACGAGGCGCUGUUCAAGGGCGCGGGGAGACGGUUCAAGAAGGUGCCGGGGAACAAGAUCGAGGGGAGGAGUCUAAGGCUGGGGACUGAUAGGGAGGGCUGGAAGAAGCGGAACAAGAAGGAGGAGGCGAGGAGGAAGGACAAGGCGGAGAAGCUAAAGGGGCUGGGGUAUGAGUUUGAGGCACCGGCGCUGAGGAGCGCAGGCGAUGUGCUGAUGAAGGAUGCGGACGAGGCUGGCGUGGAGCAGCUUGAGGGUACGACGAACGGACAGGCGCAGAAGGCGCUGACGGAGAAGCCGCACAUCGAGGACGAAGAGAUUACGGAGGUCUUGCGCACUGCCCAGACAAAGCCCGGCAAGACAGUGCUCUCGGAGAAGGUCAAGGUCAAGAAGGCGAAGAAGGGCGCGGCUGCGCCGGCGGUGAAGGAAGCAAAGGCCAAGGAGCCCUCAAGGGACGAUUCUAAGCCAAGCAAGGUCAAGAAGGCGAAGGCGGCUGCGGCGUAG